AUGGACAGGCUGAGGCAGAUGCUGAAGAACAGGAUGCCCAGGGUGUCCCCAGGGGAGGAGGACAGCAGCAGGAGGCCUGGGCUGAAAGAGGAGGCCCACCCAAUUGGUGCAGUGAAAACAACCAAAACCAGGUGGUGGACAUGCCUGCUGUGCUGGAUAAGGAAACCUGCAGCUCCCAUAACAAAGACCGAGGAGGGAGAGGAGCCCUCUCGGAAAGCAGGGAGGUGGCUCCAGCUCCGGCUGGGCAGGCGGAACCCACCACAGGAAGAGCACCAGGCAGGGCUGCCGUGCAGCUCUCCUCCCAGGGCACCCAGUCACCAGGAGCUGUGCCCUGAAACCAGGCCAGAGGAGGGGGACCCAGCUUCCCCGGGGCAGGAGGUCAGCAAGCCCCGCCCGAGCCCCAGCCUCAGCUCCAGCUCCUCCCGGGGAGACCUUGACAGCACUGUGGAGUCCGGGAGCAACUCACCAUAUGGCACCACCAUAAAAGUGAUUCCCUACUGGCCAGGCGAGGAGGUGGAGGAAGAGCAGGAGGGUGAAGACCUGAUGCUGCUGGAGGAAGAAGCCCUCACAGAUAUCAUACAGCACCUCCAGGGCCAAGGAAAGGACAAGGAGCAUGGAAAGCGCUUCCUUCUCGGCAUCCCCGCACUCUGCAGAGCCACCAAGCAGAGGGGAGAGGACAACCUAGAGCCAGAGACCUGCAAAAUGGUCCUACUACAAAAGAUCAUGGGCCUGAUGGAAACAGUGACACAGGAUGAAGAGCCAAAUUGGACCCUGUGCAACAGCAUAGCUGCCAUCUGCAGCCUCAGCGAGCUGAAGCCAGCCCUGGAGCCAGCCAUGGAGUCGUGCCUGCUGCAGACCACCCUGAAGAUCUGCCUGACGUCCCCAAAACAGAACAGCCUUUAUGUCAGGACCAAACAGCAGAAGCACAUGGAGGACCUGGAGGCCAUGCUGAGGAGCCUGUUGGCCAUCGCACCCAGCUUGGGCAGGCUGCAGUUCCUUUGGGAGCACCUGACAUCCUGGCUGCAGUCUCCUGAUGCCAUAGACAGGGCGAAGGCCAUGAGGAGCAGCAGCGCCCUUCUCCGCUUUGCUGUUUCUCUCCUCCCGCAGUUUGGGGUAAGGGGUCCCUGGGCUCAGGGGUGCCUCCUGGGUCUUUUGAGGCUGCCAUGUGAUCACCCUGCUCCAGGCAAUGACUCGCCCAACCUACCUCAGAUGGGUGACACCGUGGCCCAGCUGUGUCUGUCCCUCAGCCACCCAGCAGCAGACCUCAGCUGCCAGGCCAGAGAGGGCAUCUACCUGCUUGCCCAAAUCCUGCUGCACCACAAGAGUAAGGAAGCCCGGCCAGGGUGCAAGACCCCUAUGGAAACAAUCCUUCUGCCCACGCACUGA